ACAGCCCGGUCCGCCCCUGCCUCUGAGCAGCUGCUCCUGGUGUCGACACGCGCUGAAGACGACCGGAGAGCGGCGGCAGCUCAGCGGUAAACCGACACCUGUCCGCCACAUUCACCGCCCUCCUCCCCUCGGUGUGCGCCUGCUGGAGGUGUUUACCUUCUCCGGGCUGUUCGGGCAUGAAGAACAAACACGGCCAACAGGUCAAGGCAGCGACUCCGAACCGACUCGACAUGUCGAGCUUCGACGUGACUCUCCAGCAACUCAACGACCUGCUGACGGACGAGAGCGGCUUCUACAGCUGGCCCACCAAACACUUCCACGAGGUUUACCCGAGGAUCUACGUGGGCAACGCGUUUGUGGCGAUGAACGUGAUGCGUCUCAAGCGUCAGGGCAUCACGCACAUCCUGAACGCUGCGGAGGGGAACUCCUUCAUGCAUGUCAACACCAACGCCGAGUUCUACACCGGCACAGGCAUCGUCUACCACGGCAUACCCGCCAGUGACACGGACCACUUCGACCUCAGCGUUUACUUUGAAGAGGCGGCAGACUUCGUAGAGAAGGCGCUGGCAUACAAAAAUGGAAAAGGCAAAGUGUACGUUCAUUGCAGGGAAGGCUACAGCCGCUCACCUACCUUAGUCAUAGCCUACCUGAUGCUUCGCCAAAACAUGGACGUCCACACCGCUCUGGCCAUGGUGCGCCAGAAAAGAGAGAUCGGACCCAACGAUGGCUUCCUCCGGCAGCUCUGUCGGCUAAACCAAAGGCUGGAGGCCGAGGGAAAGUUCUGGAACAAAUGAGACAGAUGUCGUAAUUGCACAUCACUUUCUUUCACUUAUUCUACAGCUUUAACAGGCCGCAGAUCUGUGAGAUGUUCUGGAUGUGAGGAAUGUGGAAAAUGAAGGACAUAUACAUAACCUAAGGCUGACAGCGCGAGUGUAUGUACAGUACAAAUAUAUAUCUGACACAAACCUUUGACACAUACAGUAUUUGAAUUGUGUUGAAACAAACACUGGCCAUGGCAUGUGCUGGUCAUACAAUGUAGUGUAAAUCCAGGUGCACUGUAUUCACUAAACUUUUAUUCUGAAUAUUAGAUUUAGCUUGAUUCAGGUGACAUUCAGUAAACAAUAAGCAUACCUUACAUGUCCUGUAUACAGUAGUUUGGCGUCUUCCUGCUGCUCAAUAUUCCAGAUAACAAUGUGAAACUAUAAAGGGAAUGUUAUAAUGCAUUUAAAUAUGUGGGAAUGUGUUCUAAAUGAUGUGGUACUUGUCUCCGUCUCUCUUCCUUCUGUCCUGGCAUUGUGUGCUUUAUUUUGGCUGCCCGCCUGCAAACACUGCCAAAUUUCUUGGUCCCAGCUGCUCAAGUUGACACUGUGACUUUUUCAUAUUGAAUCAGAUUUUAGAAUCAGAUCGUCUAGAAGCCUGCCUCAGAAACAUGCCUCAGUCCAAACUUUGUCUUUGUUGCUAUGGUGCUUUAUAGGAAUUGACUGUAUUUCAUACUGCAAAAUAUUACAGGAUUUCAAUAGAAAAAUUAAGCUGGUCACAAAGAUAUAUUGUUCGGCUAUCUUUGCCAAGCAUCAUGUAAAUAUAAAGCUACCACCAGCAGCCAGUUAGCUUAGCUUAGCAUACAGUCUGGAAGCUGGGAAGUGAGUGGUAUCAAUUUCUUCAUCUAAAGAACAAAUGCAUUUGUAAAUAUGUCAAACUAUUUCUUGUCAGCUAUGGGUUAUGAUGUGUCUCACGUUUUUAAAUCAAACAACUCUUGACAAUCCAUUUCCUGUCAGUUUUCUGACAUGUUCAUGUCAAACGGUCCAGUGAGUGAAACUAAGCCACUAAAGUCUCUGAUUGUAAUUUCAACACUGCCAGAAUGUGACGGAUGUUUCUCAGUAACUUAAAUAUUAUUGGAGGUAAUAUUGUUGGAGAACUUCUCAGUCAAUACCUUUUGCACAUGAGUGUGUUUACAUUUGUGAGUAAAUGUAGUUUUAUAUUGUACAGCAGCAUGCUUUGUAAUAUACACAAGAGCCAAAGUGUUGCUUAUAUUCCUUUGUUAGCAGAGCUGUGUGUCUGUUUAUAUUUAUGGAGUCAUGGUGCAUUAUUGAGUGUGCAUUAUUGGUCACAAUGUGCAUUAUUACAUUACUUGUAACUUGUAAAUCAUCGUGUGCAUUACUGAGUAGGAUGGGAUGUGUUUGUUCAUGUCAGUAAGCUUUCAUUGAGUAUCACAGUUUAUGACACGGCUUUAUAUGAAGUGCACUUUAUCUGAUGACACUUGUGAUUGUUGUUGCUCUCUUUUCAUACAUUCAGUAAUAAACAGAAAAUGACACUUUAAAUGUUUCUAAUAAUGAACUGUUGCUCCGACAUUCAACACAUACUGAACACUAGAAAAACUAAGUGGAUGACUGAGUCUUAUCUGUGUUAUAUGAUUAUACUAAACAGUAGUUUACUUCUAUAGUUUUAAAGACGGUAUAUCAAAGUUGGGGAGAAUGUUAAUAUUUGUAUUUUACAACAAAAUUCAUUGACAAAUACCUUUGAAAAAAGUUAAGGUUAAAGUUAAGAGAAUAUGAGCAGAAAUGAUUAUUAAAUGAUUAUUAAAACAAAAUGUCUUCUUCUGCUGCACCACAUCAAUCAUUUGUUUGUAAUUACUAAAGAUUUAUAAUAUAACUAAAGAAUAAUUUAACCACACCAUAUCUUCAGUAAAGCCAGGAUACACCAUAUCAUCAUAUAUGUUGUAGUUGCUACUAUAUUUUGGACUUUUAUCCAAAAUAUAGUAGCAACUGUAGUUGUAGUAGUGCUGGUUAGUAAUGACUUUGUCCUGUAGAGGGAGCAGUAGGACUACUUUUGUUGUAGCAGUGAUCAGCAGGAUCACUCCAA